UGUCCCAAUCGUGCAGGGUGGCAGCUGAAGGACCCCGUGUGUCUGAGGGAGAAUCCGCUAAUGUGUGUCUGUCACCGCCACUUUAUUCAGCUAAAUCACAUUUCGACACUUUAAUUCGACAGGAUUUCUCUCAUAAUCGGACAUUAAUCGCACAGGCACUCAUUUUAUAUUAUAUAUAUUCCUCCGGAGAUUCGCGCGAUAAACCUCAGGAGAGUCCGAGCGAACAUGAGCGCGCCGGAGACUGUGGACCGGGUCGAGCUGUGCGAGAGUCUCCUGACAUGGAUCCAGACGUUUGGCGUGGAGGCGGCGUGUUCGACCGUAGACGAGCUGACCGGUGGCCUGGCCAUGGCACAAGUCCUGCAGAAGAUUGAUGUUGUGUAUUUCACGGAUGCUUGGAUCAGUCGUAUUAAAGCUGAUGUCGGAGACAACUGGAGGUUAAAGAUCAGCAAUUUAAAGAAAAUAUUGAAAGGUAUUCUGGAUUACAACCAUGAGAUAUUGGGGCAACAGAUCAAUGAUUUCACUCUUCCAGACGUCGGUCUCAUCGCCGAACACUCAGAUGCAGCAGAACUGGGCCGAAUGUUGCAGCUCAUCCUGGGCUGUGCUGUUAACUGCGAACAGAAGCAGGAAUAUAUCCAGACCAUCAUGAUGAUGGAAGAGUCUGUGCAGCAUGUGGUCAUGACCGCCAUCCAAGAGCUCAUGAGUAAAGAGACGCCCGUGUCCUCAGGAAACGACUCGUAUGCGGAUCUGGACCGACAGCUGAAGAAGAUGGUGGAGGAGCUCAGCGACGCUCUGGCCACCAAAGAGGAGAUCGCUCAGAGAUGCCAUGAGCUCGACAUGCAGGUGGCAGCUCUGCAGGAGGAGAAGAGCAGUCUGCUGGCUGAGAACCAGGUGCUGAUGGAGCGGCUCAACCAGUCGGACUCCAUCGAGGAUCUGAACAGCCCGGCGGGCCGCAGACACUUACAGCUUCAGACUCAGAUGGAGCAGCUGCAGGAGGAGACCUUCAGACUGGAGGCAGCUAAGGACGAUUACCGCAUCCGCUGUGAGGAACUGGAGAAGGAGCUGCUGGAGGUCAGAGGUCAGAACGAGGAGUUGACCUCUCUGGCUGAGGAGGCACAGUCGCUCAAGGACGAGAUGGAUGUGCUGAGGCACUCGUCUGACAGGGUGUCGAAGCUGGAGGCGCAGGUGGAGGCGUAUAAGAAGAAGCUGGAGGAUCUGGGAGACCUGAGACGACAGGUGAAGCUCCUGGAGGAGAAGAACACCAGUUACAUGCAGAACACACACUCUCUGGAGGAGGAGCUGCGCAAGGCUAACACCGCUCGCGCUCAGCUGGAGACCUACAAGAGACAGGUGGUGGAGCUGCAGAACAAGCUGUCCGAGGAGUCCAAGAAAGCAGACAAGAUGGAGUUUGAGUAUAAACGAGUGAAGGAGAAAGUCGACUCGCUCCAGAAGGAGAAAGACCGGAUGAGGACGGAGCGAGACUCUCUGAAGGAGACGAUCGAGGAGCUGAACUGUGUGAAAGCGCAGGAGUCUCAGCUGACCUCAGGCUUGGUGCCGCUGGGCAGUAACGAGCCGUCUGAUUCGCUGGCUGCAGAGAUCGUCACACCAGAGAUUCGCGAGCGCAUGAUCCGCCUGCAGCAUGAGAACAGGAUGCUGAAGCUGGCGCAGGAGGGCUCAGAUAACGAGCAGAUCGCGCUCCUGCAGAGUUUACUGGAGGACUCCAACAGCCGGAAGAACGAGCUGGAGACGGAGAACAGGCUGGCCAAUCAGAGGCUGCUGGCGGGUCAGUCUCAGGUGGAGGAGCUGCAGAAAACUCUUCAGGAACACGGAUCCAAAGCGGAUGAUACGGUCUUGAUGAAGAGGAAGUGUCAGGAGCACCUAGAGAGACUCCGGGACGCCACUAACGAGCUGCAGAAGAAGAGCUCCGAGAUCGAAGAGCUGGAGAACAAACACAGUUCCAGCGCUCAGAGGAUUGAGGAUCUGGAGGACGCGCUGAAGAAGAAAGAUGAAGAUAUGAAGCAGAUGGAGGAGAGAUACAAGAAAUACCUGGAGAAGGCCAAGAGUGUCAUCCGUACGCUGGACCCCAAACAGAAUCAAGGUUCUGCUCCUGAAGUUCAAGCCCUGAAGAACCAGUUGCAGGAGCGCGAGAGGAUGCUGCACUCACUCGAGAAGGAGUAUGACAAGACGAAGUCUCAGAGAGACCAGGAGGAGAAACUCAUCGUGUCUGCCUGGUACAACAUGGGAAUGGCUCUGCAGAAGAAGGCGGCUGAGGACCGGUUGGCCGGCACCGGGUCGGGUCAGUCGUUCCUGGCCCGGCAGAGACAGGCCACCAGCACCAGACGAGCCUAUCCGGGUCACGGCCAGCCCACGGCAGCCAGUGAUGUUAAAGCAUGAGCGGCAGGGGGCGGGGCUGCAUGACAUCAGGGGGCGGGGCUUGCAUGAUUGACAGUUUAACCCAUCGCUGCACACUAACUAACCCAUCAGCGCCCGUGUGCUAUCCCAGAAUGCACUGGUCAGAAGUGGGCGGGGCCGACACAUACUGGUAAAGACGGAUGAAUUCCAUCAUCAAGCCCUGAUGUUCCUCACUCAUGUUUAGAUGCAUCGAUCAUUCUUCCAGUAUCUCCUGUAGUGUAUGAGCCGCACGAGCGAGCGAGCUGGUGUUUCCAGCAGGAUCGUGUGUGUGUGACGGAGAUGAGCGUGUCUGUGACUGAUCAGGAUCGGUGUGUGUGUGACUGAGAUGAGCGUAUCUGUUACUGAUCAGGAUCGGUGUGUGUGUGUGGCGGAGAUGAGCGUAUCUCUUACUGAUCAGGAUCGGUGUGUGUGUGUGACGGAGAUGAGCGUGUAUGUUACUGAUCAGGAUCGGUGUGUGUGUGUGGCGGAGAUGAGCGUAUCUCUUACUGAUCAGGAUCGGUGUGUGUGUGACGGAGAUGAGCGUGUAUGUGACUGAUCAGGAUCGGUGUGUGUGUGACGGAGAUGAGCGUGUCUGUGACUGAUCAGGAUCGGUGUGUGUGUGUGGCGGAGAUGAGCGUGUCUGUGACUGAUCAGGAUCGGUGUGUGUGUGUGGCGGAGAUGAGCGUAUCUGUGACUGAUCAGGAUCGGUGUGUGUGUGUGGCGGAGAUGAGCGUAUCUGUUACUGAUCAGGAUCGGUGUGUGUGUGUGGCGGAGAUGAGCGUAUCUGUUACUGAUCAGGAUCAAUGUGUGUGUGUGUGUGUGUGUGUGUGUGUGACGGAGUAAGCGUAUCUGUUACUGAGCAGGAUCGGUGUGUGUGUGUGACGGAGAUGAGCGUGUCUGUGACUGAUCAGGAUCGGUUGUGUGUGACGGAGAUGAGCAUAUCUGUCACUGAUCAGGAUCGGUGUGUGUGUGUGUGUGUGUGUGACGGAGAUGAGCAUAUCUGUUACUGAUCAGGAUUGUGUGUGUGUGUGUGUGUGUGUGACAGAGAUGAGGGUGUCUGUGACUGAUCAGGAUCAGUGUGUGUGUGUGGCGGAGAUGAGCGUAUCUGUUACUGAUCAGGAUUGGUGUGUGUGUGAUGGAGAUGAGUGUAUCUGUGACUGAUCAGGAUCGGUGUGUGUGUGACGGAGAUGAGCGUGUCUGUGACUGAUCAGGAUCGGUGUGUGUGUGACGAGAUGAGCGUAUCUGUUACUGAUCAGGAUCAGUGUGUGUGUGUGUGUGUGUGUGUGACAGAGAUGAGGGUGUCUGUGACUGAUCAGGAUCAGUGUGUGUGUGUGGCGGAGAUGAGCGUAUCUGUUACUGAUCAGGAUUGGUGUGUGUGUGAUGGAGAUGAGUGUAUCUGUGACUGAUCAGGAUCGGUGUGUGUGUGACAAGAUGAGCGUAUCUGUUACUGAUCAGGAUCAGUGUGUGUGUGUGGCGGAGAUGAGCGUAUCUGUUACUGAUCAGGAUCGGUGUGUGUGUGUGUGUGACGGAGUGAGCGUAUCUGUUACUGAGCAGGAUCGGUGUGUGUGUGACGGAGAUGAGCGUGUAUGUGACUGAUCAGGAUCUGUGUGUGUAACGGAGAUGAGCGUGUAUGUGACUGAUCAGGAUCGGUGUGUGUGUGACGAGAUGAGCGUAUCUGUGACUGAUCAGGAUCUGUGUGUGUAACGGAGAUGAGUGUGUAUGUGACUGAUCAGGAUCGGUGUGUGUGUGACGAGAUGAGCGUAUCUGUGACUGAUCAGAAUCGGUGAGUGUGUGUGUGUGUGACGGAGAUGAGCGUGUCUGUGACUGAUCAGGAUUGGUGUGUGUGUGACGGAGAUGAGCGUGUCUGUGACUGAUCAGAAUCGGUGAGUGUGUGUGUGUGUGAUGGAGAUGAGGGUGUCUGUUACUGAUAGUGUUGCUCUCGCUUCUCUUCUAUUUAUUUGAUGCUGAAUCAGUAAGUGCUUUUGAUGAUUCUGACACGGCAGUGACACUUGCACUGCUUCCUUCAUCAGCUGUUGCUUCAUUAUCACGUGGCGCGAUCAUGUCUGCGGUCGACGUCUGCUUUAGUGUCGCUGUAACCGGCGAUGGAUGAUUGAAUGUUUGAGGCUUCCUGAUCACUGUGGACUGAGUUCAGAGGUCAAGCGUCUCUCACAGCCGUCCAUGAGCAGAGGAACGCCUCAAACGCGGGACACGUGAUGCACUGCAGUCGUGAGUGUGUGACUGCGGUGCGAGUGUGUGUUCAUCAGAACUGAUAUCUGAAGUAGCAAACAUUUGUUACAUUUGCCAAGUUUUAUAUUGCUUGUAUACAAUAUGUCUGUAUGUGUGCGCCGCUGGAGCGUUCAGCGGGCCGAUGCGUGUCAUACGCGUCUCCGCUGAUGAACCUGUGCUUCCAACGCUGCAAACCUGUACAGUUGAUAUUCAAGUUGUAAAUAAAGCUUGUAUAAAACAUUCAUGUUUCAAACUCA